AUGGUGAAAACAGCUAUCACUGCAUUAAUAGCACGUAAGGUCUGGAGUUCUUCAGGCUUGCCCGCGCUUGAGAUUGAGGUUUUUAUUGAUAAACGGAUCUCAGCCAGAGCUAUUACGCAGUCGGGUCUGUCAGGUGGUUAUGUUGACCCAAUAUUAAAUAGCGAAAACAUAUGCGCCAACUUACAUAAAAUGCUGGAUUGUAAAAUCCAAUACAUUGACAAAAUACUCACCCCGCAGUUGCUGGGACAGCGUAUCGACGACCAACUUAUCAUUGACUCUAUUUUGAGCUUAAGUACACAAAAUAAUAAACUCUCGCAUGCUGACACUGCAGCAAUUUCUAUUGCGGUUGCGGACCUUGCUGCCAGGUACUAUGCCAUUCCGUUAUGGAAAUACAUUCAACAAGAAUAUAUUGAACCCGUUAUGCCGUUGCCAGAAAUUGAAAUAUUCGGCGGUGGUGCUCAUGCAUCUUAUGCUUCAACAGUACAGGAUGUAAUGGUGAUUGCCCCCGGCGCAGAAAACUAUCAGCAAGCACUCUGCAUCGGGGCAGAAAUAUUUCAGCGUAUUAAAAAUCAGCUGGUGAAGGCAGGAAAACCUACAGGGCUCUGUGAAAAAGGGGGACUUUGGCCAAGCUACGACCAUUUUCGCCAUGCUUUAGAGAUGGUAAGCGAAGCCGUUGCGCAUUCGGGUCUUACGGCUGGUAAAGAUAUUGGCAUAGCAAUCGAUUUCGCAGCAGAUGGUUUUUACGAGACAGGCCAUUACUGGCUGAACGGAAAUGAAGGUUGCGGUCAGACUUCAGAUGACUACAUUGCAACAUUGACUUCGUUGAUCAAAGAAUUUCCGAUCAUGUCACUUGAAGACCCGCUGGCGGUAGAAGACAGGGCGGGAUAUCGUAAGUUGAUGCAGCUGUCAGGCAAGCAAGUACAAAUUAUCAGCGACGAUCUGUUGGAUUCCGAUCCGCGACUGGUGCAGUCCGAGGAUGCAGCUUUACUGUGCAAUGCCAUCAUGAUCAAGCCGGCAAAGUCUGGCACCUUAACAAAGACGAUUUCAGCGUUAAGUCAUGCGCGAAGCAAAGGCUGGGGAGCCAUCAUGGCAGGGCGCUCUAUUGACAGCGAGGAUACAGCUGUAAUGCACCUUGCGGUAGGCUUGGGGGUUGGUCAGUUCAAAAUCGGUUCGCUGGCACGCGCUGAGCGGAGUGCAAAAUUCAAUGAGGGGAUCCGCAUCGCAGAAGCAUCACGCGACCUUGUAUUUGCUGGGGCAAAAGAGUUGCCAAAAGGCAUGUAG